CGGGAGGCGGCGCCCGCCCCGCCAGAGCGCGGCGGCGGCGGCGCGGAGCGGAGCGGAGCAGGAGAGCAGCUGCCCCUCCGCCCGGCCUCCGCCACGCCGCGCCUGCAGCCCCCCGCCCGCCGCCGCCCGCCCGUUCUCCUCCCGGCACCAUGUCGGUGGAGCUGGAAGAAGCCGAUCUGCCCCUGACCGAGGCAGAGGAGGUGCCGAUCGCGGCCGACAAGAAGGCGGCCGCCAAGAAAGCGAAGAGCGCCGGCGGCGGCGGCGGCGGCUCCUCUUCGCUGUCGCCGUCGAAGAAGAAAAAGAACAACAAGAAGAAGAACCAGCCGGGCAAAUACAGCCAGCUGGUGGUGGAGACGAUCCGCAAACUGGGCGAGCGUAAUGGCUCCUCGCUGGCGAAGAUCUACAACGAGGCCAAGAAGGUGGCCUGGUUCGACCAGCAGAACGGCAGGACCUACCUGAAGUACUCCAUCAAGGCGCUGGUGCAGAACGACACGCUGCUCCAGGUCAAGGGCACCGGCGCCAACGGCUCCUUCAAGCUCAACAGGAAGAAGCUGGAGGGCGGUGGGGACGGGGGCGCGGGCAGCAGCGCCCACAAGUCCCACAAGAAGGCGGCGGCCUCCGCGUCGCGGCGGGCGGAGAAGAAGCCCGCGGCCAAGAGCAAGAAGCCCGAGAAGAAAUCCCACAAGAAGGGAGCGAGCAGCGCGGCGGCGAAGAAGGACAAAGGCAAAGCCAAGAAGGCCACCAAGAAGGGAGCCGCGUCCCCGGGGGGCAAGAAGGUGAAGAAGUCCGCAAAGCCCAAGGCGCUCAAGAGCAGGAAGGCAUGAGAGCGGGGCGCGGGGAGCCCCGGGCUGGGGGGGGGGGCGGAGGGGGGGCCCCCCCUCCCCGCCAGGACUGGGAGCCCCACGGCACGGACUGCUCUGAGGACAGCCCCCCGGGGACCCGCUUUGUGUCGCCGACUCCUCAGCCGCCGCCGUGCGCGGUGAGCGGGGCUGCGGCUGCCCCAGCCCCCCCCAUUUACCCACCACCCCCCCCUUUUUCCCCGUCCCCUCGGCGCCUUCCCUCCCCCGCCCCCCAUCCCCGCGGCUUCCCCCCCAUCGCGCCCCUUUGUUUUCAGCCGUGCCCCUCCCCGCUCGUCGACGGUUUCUGGUGCCCCCCCCAUCCCCUCCGGUCUCCCCCCCACCCUCCCCUCCCGCCGGGCCCCUUCCCGCCCGGUUCCCAUAGCAGCCGCUCUGCGGCGCCCCCGCGCCACGUGGGCCGGCUCCCGCCGCCCGCGCCCCCCUCCCCGCCCCUCCCGCCGGGCGCCCCGUGCCUGCUCGCGGCCAU